AUGGUCAUGGUUCAUACAUGCUGGUGGUGGAGCUCGUAUAAGAAGCUCGAGUUGGAGUGGCAGGAAGGAUGCGCACGGGGACAGAAGCAGCUUGCUAGUGUAGCUGACAGUGUACAGAAAACUACAUAUCUGACUGGGGAGCACUGGGGAUCGCUGGCCGAUUGCGAACAGUUACAAGGUCGUGCAUCGUCACGGUUAUGGGAUUUGGCGCAUCGAUGCUGCAAUCGAUUGCAGAACGAAGUCAAUGGAUUGGCGGACGUUUAUGCGCGAAUGCGGCGCUUGUUGUCGGACGACCUGGCAACGGUUUUAGAUGACAAACAAAGACAGCGAUACGAGCUAAUUCUGUUGGAGGUGCUGGCCAUGUACGAGCACGAGCUAGUGGCCAAGUCGUUGAUCGCUAGCGACAUAUUUGAGUGCUCAAAACAUGACACAGUGAUCAUGUAUAUAGCAUCAUGGCAGAUGCAGCCGCAUAUCGACCGGGAACGGCUUGAAGAGCUGGAAAUGUUAAUUCAAAAUGAUCAGCAUUAUCGGAUGUCGAAAUGA